AAGCGCAACGCGCAGUGCGUUUGAGCCUCGCAGUUCAGAUUUUUCUCAGCGAAAAUGAUGAGGUUUCUUCCAAAAUUGCUCUUGCUAGUAUUACUAGCUUUUCCAGCAACAAUUUUUGUGAAAGGUAAGUUUCCUAGAGGCACGUUAGUAGCAGCCCAGGAUGCUACAGAGGACGAAGAGGUUGCUGACGAGGAUGCUUCCGAUGACGUUAUUGCCGAGGACGAAGACGACGAGGCAGAGGUGGAAGAUGAUGACAAUACAGAGCUAACGGAAGAAAAAGAUGAAGAGGAAGAGGAGUCAUUAGGAGGGGAGAUGAAAGCUUCUCCCAAUGCUGACACCACCAUUCUCUUUGUCAAAGGCGAAGAUUUCCCUGCCAACAAUAUAGUGAAGUUUCUCUUGGGCUUCGCUAACAAAGGCUCUGAGAACUUUGUGGUAGAGUCUCUGGAUGCCUCUUUCCGUUACCCACAGGAUUUUCAGUUCUACAUCCAGAACUUCACCGCUCUGCAGCUGGGUAUCGUGGUCCCCCCCCAGCGUCAGGCCACCUUUGAGUACUCUUUCAUCCCAGCCGAGCCAAUGGGAGGACGGCCCUUUGGCCUCGUCAUCAACCUCAACUACAAGGACAGCAGUGGCAACGUGUUCCAGGAUGCCGUGUAUAACCAGACUGUGACCAUCACAGAGAAAGAGGACGGCCUUGACGGAGAGACAAUUUUCAUGUACGUCUUCCUGUGUGGUCUGGGACUACUCGUGAUUGUUGGAUUGCAUCAGUUGCUGGAGUCCAGGAAGAGGAGGAGACCUCCACCCAAGGUGGAGAUGGGCACCUCCAACCACAAUGAUGUGGACAUGAGCUGGAUUCCCCAGGAAACCCUCAAUCAGAUCAACAAACCCUCCCCCAGAAGAUCUCCCCGUAAGAGGACACAGAAACGCUCGGCUGGCUCAGACGAGUGAUACGGCGUGUGGCCCGGACACACACCACACCCACACUGCACUCCACACCCACCGAGGACGGACAGUCCAGUCCAAAACCCAACCAGACAUUUCCACUAUAGAGACUGGUCUCCUCCGUCCACCUCUCGCACGCACGCACACGCACACACACACACGCACACGCACACACAUAUACAUAUACAUACAUGCAUCAGGAAAUGACCGGUUAAAUCAGUCCACUUUUAUACAUAACAGUAUCAAAGUGUGGAAGUUGUUGAUAAAGAUGAGGUUAUGGUUGGGGAAAGAUCAUGGGGGGGGCUGUUUAUUUUUGGUAGGUUUGAGCUUUUGAUGGAAGUGCUUGUUAAUUGAACUGGGAGAGUGGGAAAUUGUACACAUCAGCCUUUUUUUUUUUUAACAUGUACUUUCUUUUCAGAUUUUGCUUGUUAUGUGUUUCUUGCACCUGUGGAUAAGAAGGACUUUUUCUUUUUGAGAUUGUUGCUCCCCCGUUAUGCUGUCAUGUCGUUUUGUUUGUUUGUUUUGCACUGGUUCUUUGUGUGAAGACACACACAAAUGGACACACAAGCCAGUUAGAUUGGGUUGAUAUACAGAUGGACACACAAACGAGUUAGAUUGGGUUGAUAUACAGAUGGACACACAAACGAGUUAGAUUGGGUUGAUAUACAGAUGGACACACAAACGAGUUAGAUGGGGUUGAUGUCCCUGGUGAUUGAUUCUGUCAUUCAGACUGCACUGUAUCUUUGAACUGGUUUUCUGGAGGACUCACUGUAUGAAGACAGGUACAUGUAUUUUCUCAGCGAGCCUCUCUCCCUCCUUUUCUCCUCUCUGGUCCUGACUAUACCCUUGACAUUACAGCAUGCUGAUUGGAGAAGUGUAAAGCUGUUGGGGGAAUGUUUGGGAAAAGCUAAACGCACUGGUGUACAGACUGUCCCAGAGCAGUUAAUUUAUUUCUCAUGUAUCUGGGCCUGAGCUUUUUUAUCUCUUUGUGUUAGUUUUGAUACCUACGCUUACUAUUCACAGUUUAGAAGCCCAGCACACUAGUGUACUGACAGACAAAAGGCCCUUUUAUUUUAACUACUAUGUACAGUGUGUGGGUUUUAUUUUUUUUUCUUUUUUGUCAACCCAUGUUCUAACCGCACUGCUGUGAGAUUCAUGCUUUUAAAGCUCUUUAAAAGGUGUUUUUGGGUAAGAACGGUUUCCUGCUGAGAUGUGGAUCAGAGAUGUGAUUAUUGGGCGGACUGCUGAAUGAGCUGAUCCACGCCGUGCCACCCUACGCUCUGACACGUCCUCUUAUUGAGCCCUUCUGUCCUCUGACGGACUCGCGCCGUGACAAAGCGUUCGGAAAGACCUGAGCCUUCAGCAUAAAUGCUUUUUUAAUGAAAUCGAAUGAUAACACAGACAUGGUUUUGUAACAAACAGACUUAAUUGUUGUCUCCACUCCUGUAAGGACUGAACAUUGGAAUGUGUACAGAGGGGAAGAAAUUUUGUGGACUGACUCAUGAAAGGGUAAAAUAAAGAUGUAAAUUAA